AUGAAUCCAUUUUGGCUUUUCACUUUAUGUGUUGCGGCCCUCGUGGCUUCUGUUAUCAGCGCAGACAUCAUUUGUAAUGCGGGCCGAGGCUUAAGAAGUAUUCCAAACUCUGACACCGACGUUUCUUGUUAUACCCCUGUUCCUCGUCAGCCACCGAAAGAAUGGAGAUGCCCCUGGAAACAGUGUACCCAGGCCUCAGGUCACAAUUGUGAGGUCAAUCUCCAUCAGUGGAACGCGAAUACUGGUUUCACUUGUGACAAAGACUACAUCCUCAUGAACGGAAAUCAAAUCGAGUGCCUUGUGAAUACAGACUUCAACAAAAAGUGCCCUGGCGAUCCCGAUUGUCAAGACACGACCACGACAGAUGGGAAUUGGGACGCAACAUGUCAGCAAACCAACGUCCACUCCCAUUGCAAGAAUUGUGUUCCCUUUCAAUAA